AUGGAUCGAGUCUUGUCCUUGAUCGACUGCCGCUGUCGCGCCACCUCAUCACAUGCUGCGGGCGGUCCCAACGCGGGUGUGCAGACUGACUGCGCAAGUACCGGAGACAGAGACGGUGUCGCCAACGGAUCCAAAGUGCUGACCUCGACCGGGUACCAUCGAGAUAUGGGUCACCUGGUUCCCCUUGCGGUCGACCACUGGAAGGCGCCCGUCGGUCAGCACCUGAAAGGUGGUGAUGCCAAGAUCUUCGAGCGGGUACCUCCCUGGGGUGAGAUUGCUCGGCCUGCCUUCAACGACGGUCAGAUGCGUGGGGUGGCCAUCUGUAUCGGACCUCUCGAUGACGAUGUCGGUCGCUGGAAUCACGUGGAUCGCCUUGUUCCCGGGUGUGUGCUCGACGAACCGGUAUCUGCCAGAGCGAUGGUCGCUGGUCUGCGCGCUCGCAGCGGUGUCAUCCGUGGUUGUGAUCGGCACAUGGAAAAUUCGAUCGACGCCACACUAGGUGUGAGGUUUGGUGAGGAUCUCGAAGGAGUAGAUACGCUCUUGCGUCUGCCUCACGAUGACGUCCAUCAGGCUGUCGUGCGGCCGUCGGGAGUUGACAAGGUCUUUCCGGUAACUUUGUUCGACAACGUAUCUGGCUGGCGCGGGGCGGUGGAGUUCGCGUCGGUCGCGGGGUCAAAAGUCCCCGCUGCUGAGGCCGGGGCGAUACUGGGAGUGGAAGACAUAAUGCGUCCUAAGCCAGAGGUGAUCUUGACGAAGGGCUAG